CUCCGGCUCUCUCUCCCAGCAGCGGAAGCGGCGGAGCAGCGCUAUGUGAGCUGAGUUCGGUGUGAGUCCGGUCACGGUGGGGCUGAUGAUGAUGAUGGACCCGCUGGACGCGGUUCUGGACGAGGUGGCGCUGGAGGGUUUGGACGGCAUCAGUAUCCAGACCCUGUGGCUGCGGCUGAGGAGUCGACAGCCCGAGUUCGGUCUGAAUCUGGACCCGCUCAGUCAGCAGUUCAUCUGGAGCUGCUUGAUCCGAGCCCCGGAGAUCCGCUUCUACCUGCUCCCGGAGAACCGGAGGACCGUCACCCUGCGCGACCGGUUUGUGGAGGUGGACCGGGACACUGGGAUCCACGAGAUGCAGGAGGCCGACCCGGUGGACGUGUAUCCGGUGAGUGUGGUGACGGAGGAUCCGGCCGGUGUCCAGGGCUCCUGUCUGUUCUUCAGCGAGCGAGAGGAUGUGAGCGAUCAGAUCCGGAGCGCUGAUCCCGGAGCGCCGCUGACCCUGGAGCAGGUGCAGAGCCGGUGGAGCGAGCGGCUGGUGCUGGUGGCGUCUCAGGAGCAGAGAUAUCGAGCUCUGAUCGGAGCCGAGGGAAACCCUGAGCUCAAGCUGCCCGACCUGUGCUACUGCAUCCUGGAGAGACUGGGACGAGCUCGCUGGCAGGGAGAGCUGCAGAGAGACCUGCACACACGCAUCUUCAGAAUGGAUGCAGGGAAGAUGCAUUACCUGAGGAGGAAGCUGGAUAAGGUCGGGCUGAUUACGCUGCAGUCCCAUGUGGCUCGUCUGCCCUCCGGAGCCCAGCAGCACUCGCUCCUUCUGCUGCUCAAGCGCUUCCACGUGGACAGGAGGAGCAAGUACGACAUCCUGAUGGAGUCCACGUCUAGACUCCUGUCUGAGCUGCCAGAGAAGACCGGGAUCAUGGUGAAGCUGCGCGAUCAGCUGCGUGUGAGCGACCGCACGUUCAAGCGUGUCUAUCAGUACAUGUUAGCGGCGAAGAUGGUGAGCGUGGUGAGGAUCGCCCUGAAGGAGCUCGACCCUGGCGGAGGACCCUUCAAAACACAGCGAGGCACUGAAGUGUUCGUGCGCUGUCUGAAGCUGGUGAAGCCGUACGGACAGAAGGAGGCGGAGGAAGAUGAGGACGACGAGAACAACGAUGAAGACGGCGAUGCGUCAGCCAAGAGGAACGUCCUCGGAGAGCCGCGCAUCAUCGAGCGUGACAUGCUCACGCAAGCCUACGACAUCGUGGUGUCGACCGGGACCAGAGGGAUCUCUCAGUCAGUGCUGCGCGGACGCCUCAACAUCGGGAAACUGGAGGGACGCAUGAUCUGCAGACUACUGGAGAGAAUCAACAUGAUCAAGGGCUUCAUGGAGGACGAGGGCCGCCAGAGGACCACCAAAUACAUCAGCAAGCUGUUUGUGGAGCAGAGCCAGCUCAACCAGCAGUUCACUAAAGAGCGGCAGCGCAGCCAGCACCUGCGCGUCACACACCUCGCCGAACCCCAGGAACAGGAAGUGCAGGAAACACCGCAGAAAACACACACACCCCAGCAGCUAAAGCAGUCCAAACUCAGCUUCAAAAAACAGCCCGCGCCCCCCAAAAAGAAGCCCCCUGCGCGAGAGGGCGGGGCUAAAGCCUCUCCGAAGGCGGAGCCUGUUGACUCUGCCCCCAGCACAAGCGCCAGCCAAUCACAGCAGCCCGAGAACACCCAGCCGGUGAUCGAGGAGGUGCUGACGGAGAAGCCGAAGAAGGUGGAGAUCCACGAGACGUAUCGUCUGCUGAAACGCAAGAACAUGAUCAUCGAAACCGUGCGCUGCAGCAAGAUCAUCGAGGGCUUUUACACGCUGCAGAAGCUGCUGACGGAGGAGGAGAAGAAGGACGGCAUCAACACUAAAGUGUGUAAGAAGAGCGUGGUGAGGCUGACCCGCUCACUGUCUCGAGAGGGUCUGCUCAAACUCUACCGCACCAUCGUCAUACAGGACGGGGUUCAGAAGAAGGUGGAGUUCGUGGUUCACCCGUCUGUGACUCCUGACGAUCCGCUGGUCAAGAGUGCCAUCGAUCAGAUCCGCCUGCGUAUGUCCAGCUCUGCCUCGGGCGCCCGUGUUGAGCCACCGCCUGAGAAGCCCAAGCCCAGCGCCCCGGAGGAGAAGGAGAAUAAAGCAUCACGAGCAUCUAAGAACAGUGGGCUGAGAAAAGUGUCUGAGCAGAUGGGUGUCAAAGCGCUGAAGUCCUUCCGGCCGGUUCUGGUUCCAGGACUGGGCCGCUCCAUGGGCUUCCUGCCGAAGAUGCCCCGCCUGCGCAUGGUGCACUCCUUCCUGUGGUACCUGAUUCACGCCCAUCCGCUCAGACAGUGUGACCCUGAAGCACCGCCGCCGCCGGGGGAAGAUGCCUGCGCCACUGAAGACCAGUUCAAGGUGUACGUGAAGGAGAACAGCUGGAAGAGGUACGUCCCUCCCAUCCCGCUGCACAAGGACUACGGCUUCGGCUGGGCGCUCAUCAGUGACGUGCUGGUGUCUCUGCCGCUCAGCGUCUUGGUGCAGGUCGUCCAGGUCAACUAUCAGGUUGAGGGUUUGGAUGAGUACCUGAAAGAUCCAGUGAAGCAACAUUAUCUGAUCCGAUUCCUGCCUUCUGAGAUCAAACGACAACUGCUGCACAGGAGGAAGUACAUCUUCAGUUUCCACGAGAGUCUGCAGCGGUUGUGUUUCAUGGGUCUGCUUCAGUUCGGCCCCACUGAGAAGUUCAUGGAUAAAGACCAGGUGUUUGUGUUCCUGAAGUCGAAGGCCAGUAUCGUGGACACGACGGUGUGUGACCCGCACUAUAACCUGGCCAUCGAGAGCCUGCGUCCGUUCGAGAGGAGACACUAUGUGUUCAAGAGCGCGCAGGACGUGGAGAACUACUGGUUCGACCUGCUGUGUGUGUGUCUCAACACACCUCUAGGUGUGGCCCGGCAGCGUCCCAGUGAAGGUGCAGCGGAGACGGAGGAGUCUGAUGUUGUCAUGGCAACGGAGAGCAACUCCAGGCUUCUGUACACACUACAGGGCAGCUGUGAGGUGGUGGAUGACGGUGUUACCCCUGGUGAUGGACACGGCGCCGGCGGACUCGACUCUUCCUUCUACAGCCAUCUGAAGCGCAACUGGACCUGGACCAGCCACUUGAUGAACCCCAGCAAACAGAGCACUGGAACCCAAGAGAUAGGAACCCAUCACACGGUCAGACUGAGGAACUUGCUGUCCAAACUCCCCCCGCCCAAACCUGCCACGCUCACCGCGGCUCAGAGCGGCGUGAAGGUGGCGCCCCCUGCUGUCCUGGAGGAGGAGGUGCGCACCAGCUCAGAGCCGUCCAGCAGGAACCAGGAGGUGCGCGGAGGACGAAACCUCAAACGCAAGAGAGACAAGAAGGAGAGCAGCAAACCCCCCUGCAAGAAGAAGAGAGUGCGCGCGAGCAGACGGAGUCAGGCUCAGGACGAGACGGACCGCCACGCUCUCCUGCAGAUGACCAGACAGAGAGUCACCUGGACACACAUGGAGGACAGCCUGCUGAUGCUGUGCCGCGUCGCCAGCCACUUCCUCAACCGCAAGCUGAAGAGGCCGUUCGUGCCCUGGACUGUGGUGCGUGACGUGCUGCACGCUGAGUUUGAGUUAUCUCUGGAUAAAACAUCACUGUCUGUCAGCCGACGCGCACGCUACAUCAUGAGGAACCCACAGACCUGCCUGAACUACAGGAUCUGUCUGGCUGAGAUGUAUCAGGACAAAGAGCUGAUGGGUAAAUUCAUGAACCGAACUGGAGACUAUAACGAUGUGAAGGUGUGUGCUUUGGAGUACAAGGAGUUUGUCCGCUCUCUGAGGACAAAGUUCAGCUCCAGCUACGGCUCCAGUGAUGUCAUCAUACCAGACACCAGAGAGCAGCUCUUCAACAAGUUUAAGGUGUUUGCGAUCGGAGACGGAUCAACUGAACGCACUAAAGACAUCAUCAAGAGUACGGAGGACAUUCAUGUUCUGGUGCUGUUUAAUUUGAUUCAGAGCACACUAGUGCUGACCAACGCCCAGAUGAAGAACUACAGGCCCUUCCAGACGUUCUGUCUGUACACACACUAUAGAGAGGAGGUGUUGUGUGAGGCCUUCCAGACGUGUCGUAAUCGUGCGCUGGUGAACCGCCGGCGGCCCACGUCUGUCUACGGCCUGAAGAAGAGCCACGUGCUGCCCUUCCUGCCCAUGUCCUACCAGCUGUCACAGCACUACUACAAGUUCUUCACCUGGCGCUUCCCCAGCACCAUCUACAACGAGGCCUUCGACCUGCUGACGGGUUUGAGCGAGGCCGGCCGCGGCGACAGAGACAGCCGCUUCUCCUUCCAGAAGGAGCCGGACACAGAGGAGGACGAGGACGAGACGCAGGGCAUGCUGCAGUUCCCCAUGGACGCUCCGGGGGGCGCCAGCGCCUGCUGCCUGACCCUCAUGACCCUGGGGCUGCUGUCUGUGGACGUCAGCAUCCCGCAGCAGAUCGUGGUGGUGGACAGCACCAUGAUGGACAGCGAAGUGGUCAAGAGCCUCACUAGAGCGCUGGAGGAGGAAGAGGAGGAGGAGGAAAGUGACAGGAAGAGGAGGCUGGAGGUCAAACCCACUCAGGCGUCUCACACUAAUUACCUGCUGAUGAGGGGAUAUUACACACCCAUCCUGCGCUCUCAGACACACAACUCCAACAGCACCGACAGCAUCAUGGUCAACACCUGCAACGUCCACCUGCGACUGAGACAGACGCCCGCACACACACUGUUCAGCAGCAGCGCUGCUGCUCUCUCAGCUCUGUCUCCCUGCACUCCUCCGUCUCUCCCUCCGUUCUUCACUCGCACGUAUCGCUCGGCUCCCGUCGACCUGCAGCUGUUCCUGGAGCGCUGUGUGAGCCUGCUGGGAUACGGAGCGCAGGACGUGCAGGCGCUGACGGAGAUCACGCGCGCCGUGGAGGAGGGGGCGGAGUUUGGCGUUGACAGACAGGACCUCUGCGAGCGCUUCAUACACCUGGACCAGCCUGAAGAUGGGCGGAGCAGAACACUCCUGCAGUACAUACAGGACCUGGUGGACGGGGAGCAGCUGGUGGAGGCGGGCGCUCUCUCACAGAGGCUGGUGUGUGCGGAGGCUGCGUCUCAUUGGCUGUUACACACCAGGUGUGAGAGUGUGCAGAUUCAGCAGGCAUCCCCAACGAGAAGCCCCGCCCCCGACUCCGCCCAUGACACGCCCCCACCUACUGAGGGACAGCCUGUGGAAUCAGAACUACAGGAGACAGUCACUGAGGAUCCCGUCUCCAUGGACACAGCUGUCAAUCAGACUGUUGCCAUGGAACCUGUUUCCACAGACACCGCUGAAAAUCGGUCCGUUUCCAUGGAGCUUGAUGCUGAGGAGGUGGUUGCUAUGGAGGAGGUGGUCCAUAAAGAUGACGGAGGCUCAGAACAGCAUAUAUCAGAUGACAAAGGGGUGGGGCUUAACACAAGCCCCGCCCCCUCCCCGAUGAAAGACGGAGCUGAAGGAGCUGCUGAUCUGGACACACACGGGUCGCUGCGGUUCGUCAGCCGGCCGUGGCGUGUGGUGGACGGCUCGCUCAACCGGCCCGUGUGUAAAGGCAUGCUGGAGUCUCUGCUGCUGCACAUCAUGUCCAGCCCGGCGCUGCUGGAGGCUCAGCUGCUGCAGCACUACAGUCAGGUGCUCCAGCCGGUGGUGGUGCUGGAGCUGCUGCAGGUCCUGGUGGAUGUGGGCUGCGUGAAGAAGCGCUACACCAUCCAGCAGCACAAACCGUCGCUCUUCUCCAAGCCCAGAGCGCCGCAGGUCAAAGGUCAGGCCGAGGUCAGUCUGAGGGACGCUGGGACGGUGUUUUACGAGCCGACGGUGGACUGUGUGCUCAGACUGGCGCGGGUCUUUCCUCACGAGCUCAACUGGAACAGAUGGGUGCAGCUGUGUCUGCGCUCGUGAGACGAACUGUGUUUUAAUAUCAUCAUCUGUUCAUACGUCUAAACAAAGACUUCUGUCCAUGAUGUGCCACUUCAGUUCAACAUGUUCCUGGAGCAGCCAGCUGGUUUUAUUUUUUUAUUUUGAGAGAUAACAGUGAAGAAAUGCUGAAUGUGAAUGAUUCAGAGGAAGAGGAUCUGAAGCAGCUCGAAACAGAUCAAUUACAUAAUCAAUGAGAAAUAAUUGUAUGUAAAGGUCUCCCUCUGGGAAAUAGCUUUAUUUUAGACAUUUUGGAGGUUAAUCAUACCACAUUUGUUUAAAAGUUUACUUUAGUUUUAAGCUUGUAUGUUUCAUUCUUACUAAUAAACAGCGUGGAAGAGCUUGUGAAAAUA